GGAACCACGACCUGUCAGUAGACCAGAGGGUGACCCGGAUGAUGGCGGCCAGCGCGGCCCUAGCCUUGGCCUUGUGGCUACUACUGCCGCCAGUGAGGGUAGGAGGGGCAGGGCCCCCGCCGAUCCAGGACGGCGAGUUCACGUUCCUGCUGCCUGCGGGGCGGAAGCAGUGUUUCUAUCAGUCUGCGCCGGCCAAUGCAAGCCUUGAGGCUGAGUACCAGGUGAUCGGAGGUGCUGGGUUGGACGUGGAUUUCACGCUGGAGAGCCCUCAGGGAGUGCUGCUGGUCAGCGAGUCCCGCAAGGCAGACGGGGUGCACACGGUGGAGCCCACGGAGGCCGGGGACUACAAGCUGUGCUUUGACAAUUCCUUUAGCACAAUCUCGGAGAAGCUGGUGUUCUUCGAACUCAUCUUUGACAGCCUGCAGGAUGACGAGGAGUUGGAGGGCUGGGCAGAGGCUGUGGAGCCCGAGGAGAUGCUGGAUGUCAAGAUGGAAGACAUCAAGGAGUCCAUCGAGACUACAAGGACCCGGCUCGAGCGCAGCAUCCAAAUGCUGACUCUGCUGCGAGCCUUUGAGGCACGUGACCGCAACCUGCAAGAGGGUAACCUGGAACGGGUCAACUUUUGGUCAGCCGUGAACGUGGCCGUGUUGCUGCUCGUGGCCGUGCUGCAAGUCUGCACGCUCAAGCGCUUCUUUCAGGACAAGCGCCCAGUGCCUACGUAGCCCCCUGCCACAGAACAACAGGGGAAAGGAGGGGCAGCAAGGCGCAUGUGUGUGCAACUUGGGGGAGGGUUCCUUCUCCAACUGAGUUUCCUACGAGAAGGGAGGCUGUGCAGUCUGGGCCUGAGGUGUGGCCCUCAUGCAGCUCCUCCCUUUCUGGGGCCAGGCAGGGAACACUGGCUGGCUCACAGGCCUGGGCCCUCCAGGAGAGGUGGCUCAGUGGCUGCACCUGUUUUCCUGGAAGUUGUGCACGGGGGGGCACUGCAGUGUUUGAAUGCAACCCUUGAAUUUUCUGGCCCGGCCUCUGUCCCCUACUGUAAUUGUGCCUUAGCUGGAGUCUUCCAGCCUGCACCAGCACCGCGUGGUGUGGAGCGGGGCCCAGAAGCAAACUUCCCCUUCCUUUCCCCACUGGCCCUCUGAGGCAGGUCACAGUAGGAGGGGGCUUGCUGCUAUGGGAUCCCAUGCCUGCCUUCCUUCUCCUUGUGGCUCCACCCGAGGCCUGUGCUGCUGCUGGGGGUAGCCUGCUCAUGCCAGGGUCCGGGAAGGAGACGUAGCUGCAGUGUUCUUGCCAGAACAGUCACUUUAUUGACAGGAAGGGGCCUGGCCCCUCGGCCCAGCGGGGGGCGGGCCUGGUGUGAGGUCUGGUAAUAGAAUUCCAGGAUCGGGACCUGCAGACCACCCGCCCCUCCCGCUCUCCCUGCAGGGGCCCCAGACAGAGCUGAGGGUGGCCCAGCCAAAGCCUGUACUGGAGCCUCACAGAACAAAAGGCGGUCUGGCUUGGGCACCAGAGUCAAUAAAUUAUGGUCAGAAAAA